AUGGCGGGAAAGAGGAUCAUCACCAUCUUCGGUUCCACAGGCAACCAAGGCGGCUCUGUCGUCAAGACGUUCUUGUCCGACCCCAAGCUCAAAAAUGACUGGGCUGUCCGUGGUGUGACCCGAAAUGUCGACAGCGAAUCGGCAAAGAAGCUUUCAAGCCAAGGCGUCGAGAUGGUCGCUGCCGAUAUGAACGACAAAGAGUCUCUACUCAAGGCCGUGACCGGCGCAUCAGCCGUGUUUGGCGUCACCAACUACUGGGAGAAGAUGGACCACAACCUUGAGUAUGAGCAAGGCAAGAAGCUCGCCGAUGCCGUGAAGGAGGCCGGUGUCAACCACUACAUCUGGAGCUCCCUCAAGAAUGUGACAGAGUUGACAAAUGGCAAGCUAUCGCAAGUCUUCCACUUCGACAGCAAGGCACGCGUAGAGAAGUACGUUCGCGAGCUCGGCAUCCCCGCCACAUUCUUCCUGCCAGGUUUCUUCAUGUCCAACCUGCCCGGCGGCAUGUUCCGACAGACACCACCCGAGAACAACUGGACGCUGGCGCUCCCUGUCCCCGCCGAUACGGCUAAGUUCCCCAUGUUCGAUACCGCCGACAGCGGCAAGUGGCUCAAGGCCAUCGUGCUCAACCGCGACAAGCUCCUAGGCAAGCAGGUCUUCGCGGCCACCAAUUACAUGACCCCGACGGAGAUUGUCGAUGAGUUCAAGAAGGCGUUCCCCGAGGCGGGCAAGACGGCCAGCUUCUUCUCCGUGCCGCACGACAUGUACAUCAACAUCCUGACGAGCAACGGCAUGCCCGAGUUCGCGGCAAAGGAACUCUUGGAGAAUAUGAGACUCAUGGAGGAGGGUGGUUACUACGGCCAUGCUUCCCUCGAUGAGAGCCACUCGAUCCUGGAGGACGAGCUGACUACGUGGGAGGAGUACAUGAAAAAAGCACCUGCCUUUGCGGAAUUGAAAUAA